GCUGGAGGCGGUGACCCGCGCCGAGCCCGCCGAGGCUCUUCCGCGCCGGCAGGGGCAGCAGCGGGAGCGGCGCAAGCGGCCAGGAGCGGCCCGGCUUUGCCCGGCGAGGAGGUGGCAGCGGCAGCAGCGACGCCAGAGCUCGUGGGUGCCGUUCACGAGGCCGCCGCGGGGGCCCAGCCGCAGCGCGGGGAGGCCCGGGGGCCGGAGGCCGCCACUGCCGCCAUGCCGCUGCUCUUCCUCGAGCGCUUCCCCUGGCCCAGCCUCCGCACCUACACCGGCCUCAGCGGCCUGGCCCUGCUCGGUGCCGUCAUCAGCGCCUACCGCGCCCUCAGCCAGCCCGAGGCCGAGGCCCGGCCCGGGCCCGGCGAUCCGGAGCCCAUAACGGCCCCGGUGCAGCCAGACCCCACCGCGGUCGCCGGGCCGGGCGCUGGAGGGCCCGGGGUCAGCGACGUGGCCCAGUACCUGCUCUCCGACAGCCUGUUCGUGUGGGUCCUCGUCAACACCGCCUGCUGCGUCUUGAUGCUGGUGGCCAAGCUGAUCCAGUGCGUGGUGUUCGGCCCUCUGCGUGUGAGCGAGAGGCAGCACCUCAAAGACAAGUUUUGGAAUUUUAUUUUCUACAAGUUCAUUUUCAUUUUCGGCGUGCUGAACGUGCAGACCGUGGAAGAGGUGGUCAUGUGGUGCCUCUGGUUCGCCGGGCUGGUGUUCCUGCAUCUGAUGGUGCAGCUCUGCAAGGACCGGUUCGAAUACCUCUCUUUCUCCCCCACCACCCCGAUGAGCAGCCACUGCCGAGUCCUGUCCCUGCUGGUCGCGAUGCUGCUGUCCUGCUGCGGGCUGGCGGUGGCCCGCUGCGUCACGGGCUACUCCCACGGGAUGCACACGCUGGCCUUCAUGGCGGCAGAGUCUCUUCUCGUCACCGUGAGGACUGCUCAUGUGAUUUUACGAUACGUCAUCCACCUUUGGGACCUCAGUCACGAAGGCACGUGGGAAGGGAAGGGGACAUGCGUCUACUACACGGACUUCGUCAUGGAGCUCACGCUCCUGUCCCUGGACCUCGUACACCAUGUCCACAUGCUGUUAUUUGGCAACAUCUGGUUGUCCAUGGCCAGCCUGGUCAUCUUCAUGCAGCUGCGUUACCUGUUCCAUGAGGUGCAGCGUCGGAUCCGCCGGCACAAGAACUACUUGCAUGUCGUUGGGAACAUGGAGGCCAGGUUCGCGGUGGCCACCCCAGAGGAGCUGGCGGUCAACAACGACGACUGUGCCAUCUGCUGGGACUCCAUGCAGGCUGCCCGGAAGCUGCCCUGCGGACACCUUUUCCACAACUCCUGCCUUCGCUCCUGGCUGGAACAAGACACCUCCUGCCCGACGUGCAGGAUGUCCCUGAACAUUGCUGACAGUAACCGUGGCAGGGAGGACCGUCAAGGGGAGAACUUGGAGGAGAAUCUGGUUCCCGUUGCAGCUGCUGAAGGCCGACCGCGCUUAAACCAGCACAAUCACUUCUUCCACUUUGAUGGGUCCCGGAUUGCGAGCUGGCUGCCCAGUUUCUCGGUCGAAGUGAUGCACACCACCAACAUCCUCGGCAUCACGCAGGCGAGCAACUCCCAGCUCAAUGCGAUGGCGCACCAGAUUCAGGAGAUGUUCCCCCAGGUCCCCUACCCGCUCGUGCUGCAGGACCUCCAGCUGACCCGCUCCGUGGAAGUGACAACGGACAACAUCUUGGAAGGGCGGAUUCAGGUCCCUUUCCCCACGCAGCGGCCAGAUGGCAUUAGACCUGCACUGAACAGCCCUGUGGAACGGCCCAAUGGGGAGCCGGAGGAGGGAGCAGCUUCCGCCCAGACGGAGCGCGUGCCGCUGGACCUCAGUCCCCAGCUGGAGGAGGCGCUGGACUUCAGCGAGGUAGAGGCGGAGGCCGAGGCGGAGCCCAGCGAGGGGGAGGACUUUGAGGCUCGGGGCAGCCGCUUCUCCAAGUCUGCGGAUGAGAGGCAGCGCAUGCUGGUGCAGCGGAAGGACGACCUUCUGCAGCAGGCUCGCAAGCGCUUCUUGAACCGAAGUUCUGAAGAUGACUCAGCCUCAGAGAGCGGCCCGGCUUCCGAAAACACGACCUCUGACCCCGUGACCCUGCGUCGAAGGAUGCUGGCUGCGGCUGCCGAACGGAGACUCCAGAAGCAGCAGACCUCCUAGCGCUUCCUGGCCCCCCUGGGCCACCGCCUCCCAGCAGCGCCGCCUCCCCCCCCAGGAGGCCUGGCCUGGUCCACCUGCUACUUGGAGGCGUGGGCCCGACUGCAUCGCCGCUGUAUAAAGCAUGUGGUCGUCAUAGUGUUUGGACAGCUGACAAGUUUAAUCCUUUUUUGUAAUACUUUCUAUGUGACAUUUCUUUUUCCUUUGGAAACCCCGCACAUUUUAACUCCAGGCAUGACGUCUUCUGGCAUUGACCGGCCUCUCCGGGGUGGGGGAGAUCAGGAGGGAGCGGGCAGCUUCGAUGACUGCUUCGUGCACGAGUCACAGCGCACGCCGGCGCCUUAGCCCCACAGCUGGCAGGAAGUGGGGGUGGGGCCAGGACCCCAUGCCUCACCGCUGGAGGGGCUGCCGCCGCAGGCUGUCCUUGGUUGGGAGGCAUCCACAGCGUUCAGAGCCGGAGCCCGGGCCCCCGGCCGGCAGGGCACCUAGGACGGACCGAGCUGGGUUUGAUGCCCGGAGCAGCCCCGGGCUGCAGAGUGUGGACAGGUGGCCCCUGGGUACCAGUACAUCCAGGACUUCCCUUCUGACCCCCAGUUGAGACUGGCUGUAUUGCCAUUUACGCUGGUGCUCCCGCGUCUUACGAGUCCACCCCGCGUGUCUGUCUUCUGUCUGCCCUUCCCGGCCCCCGGACUCGGGGGCCCAGCACGGAACGGGUGGAGCAGCCAACUCUGUUGUGUGGUUUGCAUCCUUGGUCAGUGCACCGGGCGAUGCCUGAGGCUGCGGGUUUGGUCCUGGGAGAAAAUGUGGGCGUUACAAGAUGGGCAAGGGCAUCCUGGAGGGCCUUAUUGAAGAAAUAAAAGAUAUCUUUUGUAUCUUUCUCCUCCGGAGCCCUUCAUUUCGUAACCUUGUUCUUGUUGGUUUGAUUGAACUUGGAAAGGUGAGAUGUCGGGUCCAGCUGCCUCGGAGGGACCCAGGUCCUGGCCCUUUUCAAAUCCUUUACCAUUGAACUUCGAGGUUUGAAACAUGCAGUGAUAGGUUACAGCAUUCAGUUUCAUGUCCUGUUGGACUAAGUUUUUUGUUUUUGUUUUUUAAAUGUUUGAAAGCAUAGUUUUUUUGGUAGUCCUUUAGGGGAGAAUCCAGUAUUAUCUAAAAUUAUUGGCAAAGUGAAAUGUAUUUUAAACUGGAAGUUUUUAGAAUGUUGAAAAGUGAUUGAGAUGAGAGUGAUGAAGUCAAUGUUUAGGCCAAGAUAAUUUAUUUCGAUAAAUCUUUCAAAAGCCUUACCUUUGAAACGCUGUUAGUAAAUUUCUGUGAUUUUUUUUAAAAGUGUUUUGUUUUGCUGAGAGCAUAGCUGUUUGUUUCUAUUGUAAAACAAGAACAACAAUAAAAAGCAAACUCGGUUGUUACUGCGUUGUGUGUGGCCGGAAGCCGAGGCAUCGUUUCCGGAGUCACCAGAAUGCUCUGUUUUGGUUUUCUGUGUUCACUCUUUCGGCCGACGUUUUCUUCCAUCCGAACGUUUUGCAGGUCGUACACAUUAAAGAUGACAGUGAAUGUUUCA